UCGCUUGUGACGCUCCACCCCUCUUCGGUCGAUAGCUGCGCGAGAAACAUUUCGCCAUUGCGCCUGAUUGCGCGUUUUUUGUCUCCAACUUGUGUCAGUCAGUGGAAGGAAAGCACAGCGGCCAAGCAAGAUGAAUCGUCUCUUUGGACGCGGCAAGCCCAAGGAGCCGCCACCGAACCUGACCGACUGCAUCGCCAGCGUUGACGGGCGUGCCGAGUCGGUUGACAAGAAGAUCGCCAAGCUCGACACCGAGCUCAAGAAGUACAAGGACCAAAUGGCCAAGAUGCGCGAGGGCCCGUCAAAGAACAUGGUCAAGCAGAAGGCGCUGCGCGUUCUCAAGCAGCGCAAGAUGUACGAGCAGCAGCGCGACAACCUGAUGCAGCAGUCGUUCAACAUGGAGCAGGCCAACUUCGCCACGCAGACCCUGAAAGACACCAAGAUCACGAUGGACGCGAUGCGGCUCGGAGUGCACGAGAUGAAGCGCGAGUACAAGAAGGUGAACCUCGACGACAUCGACGACCUGCAGGACGAACUCGAGGACAUGCUCGACCAGGCCGGCGAGGUACAGGAGGCGCUGGGCCGGAGCUACGGCAUGCCCGAAGUCGACGACGAAGAUCUCGAGGCCGAGCUGAACGCGCUGGGGGACGAGAUCGCGCUCGACGAGGACACUUCGUACCUGGACGAAGCGAGUGCCCCGAGGAUUCCCACCAAGGAACCCGGUGCCGAGAGCGUACCGGCCAACCCGGAAGGCGUGCUGGUCGACGAGUUCGGCCUGCCCAAGAUCUCCGCGACUUGAGCGUACGACGCCUUUCGGAAACGCCGCAGGUUCUCCGACCGACAGUUGCGUGCGACGGCUUCACGUCGUUCCAGAACUGACACACGGUGCGGCUUUUCCCCUGUGCUCGAAAAAAAAAAAAAAAUUGUGAGGGUUCAGUCAGGCGACGACGACCCGUGAAAGUUUCGGUUUAGCGGCGUCGUCGUUCUGCUGUUUUUAAUACACCACCUCGUCGGCACGGCAUUGUAUGCUCGUAUUGUGGGGCGUGGUUUGUUUCAUUGCUUGUCCCGUGUAACGGCUUUCUUUUCGUUAUCCUGGCUAGAAAACGCUUGCUUACUGCAUGUUAAAACGUAGUUGCGGCGCGUAAUCUGCUGUUUGCAUAAUCUGCUGUUUGAUGUGGAUGUAGUUUGUUGAUGUCCACAUUAAAAGUUGGCGGCGCAGCCACUGUAGCCUACCUUGACGAUGUUUCAUUUGCGUUUAACAGAUGGAUAGUGGGACACACAAUAACCACACUUAGUCGCUGCUGUAAGGGAUUUGAGAGCUCCAAGGAAUGAUGUGCAGUUGGCAGCGGAGCAGCUGGAGAUUGCCAGUUAAUGCGAGUCACCUUGGUAAUCUGCCUUGUGGGGACAGUAAAAUAACUUUCAGUGCUUUGCCAUCCAACUUGCUGCACUUUAACGUCUUGCCAACGUUGCGCCAUUCAUUAACAGGGAGAAAGGAGGUUCCUUUUGGACACUUUUGGGUUCAUGUUUUCUCUUUCGCUGCCUUGUAAUAUUCCUAGCGCUUAAUUUUUUGUCCACUGUUGGUGCCAUAGUCUGGCUUGUCGUUUCUUCAGUGCUGUGUUGUGUUGCAAAGCUUCAUCCCAUGCCCCCUUUCCUAAAACUGCAUAAUGCCAUAGCAUCCUACAUGUAUGUGGGAAGCUACAGCAAUGCGCUGUUAAAAAUUGUGCACCCCAUGCAGGCAGUAUAGUGCGAUACAAGACUCGCUGAACGGUUUCCUGUCGCAUCACCUGUCGCCUCGCCGAGAGAAAUACAGUCGACUCUCACUAAUUCAACCUGAGUUAAUUUGACUUAUCGCUAAAUUCGAAAGCUCUGGGAAGUGCCAUCAAGCACCGAUUCAUUGCUAUGGAAGAAAAACCUGUUUACUUUGAACAUGAAAGCAUGUCGCUUCCAUUCCCCGCUGAGGCCUCCACAUGUAUGUAGCAAUUGCUAAAGGAUGGAGAACAAAAUAUUCUGCAAGAGGUGCUUCCCAAGAAAAUGACAGUGACGGCAGCGACCUGUCCUGUAGUGAUGAUGAUGACUUGCACUGUGCCCUGGGCGAUGUUUUUUUUAAAUAUUUUGUCAGCUUCGAUGAUAUUGUUGUCUGUGGGUCAGUGACCGACGAGGUCAUUUACAGUUAUCUGUAUUAAAGUAAUCUGCCGGCGACAACAGACAACUUCAAGGUAUAAAACAAACUAGAAAAUCGUUAAUUCAGUGUAAACUUGCAGCCCCACUGGAGUCUACACUCUUAAAAAGGUUUGCACCCUUUGAGGCUUAUCUUGUCCCACUACAGUAAUAGUCAUCUGUCUUGCCCACAUUUCCUUUUGUUAAAACUAUGUGCCCGGUACUUCCAGGUCAUGAGUGGCUUGUGUGUUACCAGCAUGACGUGGCAUUCUCAAGAGGAAAGUAGCAAGCGCACAGUUUUCAAGAAAAGAAACGCAAGCAAGGCAGAUGAUUAUUGUUGUGGGACAAAAUAUGCCCCAAGAUUGCAAGCUUUUUUAAGAGUCCAAUUAACUGGAGUCGUUUGUACCAACUUCACUCCCACAUGCUAUGUAAUGUACACCCUUUAAGGUGUAAAUCUUCCAGGCAGCGAUAGUGUAGAGAAGUUUGCACCUUUUGGUGUCUUGUCUUAUCUCCAGACAAUAAUUGUAAUCUCUCUUGCAUGCCUUGCAUUUCCUUUCUUUAAUGCUGCGCCCCUAAUGCCAACUGGUGAUGAAAGGAAUGCUUAUUAUCAGUGUGACAUAGCAUCGUUGAGAGAAAAGUUGCAAGUCCAGAGUUUUCAAGAAAGGAAAUGCAAGCCAAUCAGAUGACAGUUAUUGUUUGGGGACAGGAUGGGGGUUUCCCGAAGGACAAAAACUCGUUUUAGAGUCUAGUGUCAUCAAUCUUUCAUUCAUUUCUUUUGCCCAUUGCUUUCCUGCCAGAAAUGGUAUAGGACAUAUCCACAUGGUGUACCUGGUAUGAAUGUUCUGGGCAUACAGUUUUAAACGAGGAACUGCACACAAAAUUAAUGGCUGUCAUUUUACAAGAGUUAUUAUUUGUUAAGUAUACGCCUAUUGAAAGUUAAAUGAGUUUUCUUGCCCCCAGGUGUUGGGCUGCUGUACCGUAUGUGAUAACGGAGCUUGUGUGCUGCAUGUACGAAAUUGUUUCAAGCCUAAUGAAGGCAAGAAAACUGUAAUGUGCAUGUAGCCUGACUCUACAGCUAUACAAAUUAUUUUUGCACACAUGUUUCUCGGGCUGUCAUCUUCAGAAUGCAUAGAUUUACCAGGAAUUUCGCAAAGGAAGCACUAUGUACACUCAUGCCUCUUUUAGAUCUGGAAGCGAUGAAUUGUGUUUGUAUCAAUAUAUGGCAUUCUGUCAAA